AUACCUGAUGGAUUUUUUCCUGUAUCUAUCAGCCAUAUUAGCAGUCGUCCUGAUAUGGCUGCUAUUCCCGAACAGGAUGAGCAGGAUGGCGAGGAAGAUCCCAGGUCCUAGAGCCUUGCCUAUAUUCGGGAACAUUUUCAAUUUCAUCGUUAUUGGACCAAAGGCACCAGAAUGUUGGAAAAAACAAAUGGAAACAUAUGGGAACACAUUUCGGGUUUGGCUUGGACCUCAAUUACAUGUUUUCAUGGUUGACCCAGAAGAUAUUAAAGCAAUUUUGUCUAGCCAAUCUUUAUUAACAAAAUCAGAGAGUUAUAAAACAUUAGUGCCUUGGUUGAAGACAGGACUUCUUGUAAGCACAGGUAAACUUUGGCAGAUGAGAAGAAAAGCUAUCACACCUACCUUUCAUUUCAAGAUCCUAGAUGAGUUUGUUCCUAUUUUUUACAAAUGUUCUAAGAUUCUUCUAGACUGUAUUAAGGAUAAAGUUGGGCAAGAACCAUUCCUCAUAACAGGAUUCAUGUCAAACUGUGCAUUAGACACAAUUGCAGAGACAGCUAUGGGCACUGAGCUUAAAGCACAAACCAAUCCACAAUCAGAGUAUCCAACCAGUAUACUUAGAAUGACUACUGUUCUCGUAGAGAGAGUUGCUAAUCCUCUACUGGGUAUGGAACCAUUAUAUACUCUCUCAGGUCGGAGAAAGGUAGAAUCAGAUCUUCUAAAAAUACUUUUUUCACUUCCAAGAGAGGUGAUAAGAGGUAAAAAAUAUUUCAAAUCUAAUCGCAAAAAUAUUACUCCAUCAGAUGAAGCAUUUGGAAUUAAGAAAAAGACAGCUUUCUUAGAGCUCCUUCUUGAAAUGAAAGAGAAUAAUGCUCCUGCUUUUCAAACAGAUAAAGACGUCCAAGAUGAAGUUAUUACAUUUAUGUUUGAGGGCCAUGAUACAACAACUAUGGCUUUGACUUAUACAACCUGGCUUCUUGGAAUGCAUCCAGAUGAACAGGAAAAAUUGUACCAGGAAGUGUCUAGUAUUCUCGAAGGUAAAGCAGAACCAUCAAUGGAGGACUAUAGCAAAAUGGAAUAUUUGGAACGAGUCAUUAAAGAGAGUUUAAGAUUAUAUCCGCCAGUUCCAAUCAUAGGCCGAGAGGCUAUUGAAGAUGUUUUACUGCCAUCAAGUGGAUUCUUAAUUCCAAAAGGAACACAGAUUACGAUUAUUAUUUAUGCAUUACACAGGAGGGAAGAUCUAUUUCCAGAUGCUGAAAAAUUCAAUCCAGAUAGAUUCCUUGAGCAACAAAAACAUCCGUACGCCUUCUUACCAUUCUCAGCUGGGCCGAGGAAUUGCAUUGGUCAAAAAUUUGCAAUGCUUGAGUUGAAGGUGAUGAUUUCUAAUCUGGUACUUCAUUACAAAAUAAAAUCGAAGAAGGAUAUGAUACUCAAUCCAGAAAUGCUUCUUCGCUCUGAAAAUGGACCUUAUAUUAGUAUAACACCUCGAAAUUGACAAAUGUUUUGUCAUUUUAUUGUUAUUAAACACAUUUUUAUUUGCUUUCAUUUUAAAUUAAUAUUUUUUUGUCUU